AUGUCGCGUCCGCCGAUGACCGAUGGCGAUGUGGAGAAACAAGACGGUGCGGAUGGCGGCAUGCACUCCCCGGGAGGGACUCCUCGGCCAAGCCAUGAGGAGAAGGAGGGUGCCGAUGGAGCGCAUCGAGCGAAUGACGCUGGCAACAGCCCCACGGACCACAAAGAGCUCAAAGAGUGGGAGUGCUAUGACAAAUUGGGCUACUCAUUCCCCCCGUGGAAAAAAUGGUGCAUCAUCUCGGUGAUCUUUGCCGUCCAAGUCUCCAUGAAUUGGAAUGCCAGCUUCUAUGCCAGCAGCAUCUCGCUGUAUGCGAAGCACUUUCAUAUUGCGGAACAAGCGGCGCGGGUCGGUCAGAUGAGCUUUCUGGUUGCCUAUGGAUUUGGCUGCGAGUUCUGGGCGCCCUUCAGUGAGGAGUUUGGCCGAUGGCCGAUCAUGCAACUGAGCCUUCUUCUUGUCAAUAUCUGGCAGAUUCCAUGUGCGUUGGCCCCCAACCUGGGCACGAUCAUCGUCUGUCGCACCUUGGGUGGUCUAUCCUCCGCGGGAGGGUCGGUGACCCUUGGCAUGGUGGCAGAUAUGUGGGAACCACAGACGCAACAGUGGGCGGUUGCGUUCAUUGUGUUGUCUUCUGUGGCAGGGUCAGCCAUCGCACCCGUGGUGGGAGGCUUCGUCGCGACGUACCUGGAUUGGCACUGGAACUUUUGGAUUCAGCUGAUCCUGGGAGGGUCUGUUCAACUCCUGCAUUUCUUUGUCCCCGAAACGAGAUGCAGCAUUCUGGUCACGCGGGAGGCCCGCCGGCGACGGAAGAAUGGCGAGAUGGUCUGGAGUGGCGAUGAGCUGAAAGGAAAGCGCAUCUCCUUCCGAUACCUGUUCAUGGUGUGGGCACGCCCAUUCAUCAUGUUUCUGCGCGAGCCAAUCGUCUUGUGUCUUUCCCUCCUCAGCGGCUUCAGUGAUGCCUUGAUCUUCACGUUCCUGCAGUCCUACAAACCAGUAUAUGAGCAAUGGGGGUUCAACACCGUUGACACUGGCCUGGCCUUCAUUCCGAUUCUGGUGGGGUACGGCAUUGCCUAUGCCUCCUUCUUGCCAUGGAUCCACCGCCAUUGCCGAGUUCAAGAACGAGACCCCGAGGGCUUGCAGCCAGAAGCUCGGCUUUAUUGGCUACUAUGGGUUGCUCCACUGCUCUCGAUCGGACUGUUUGGAUUUGCCUGGACUAGUCUUGGGCCACCUCAUGUCCAUUGGAUUGCACCCAUGAUAUUUUCGUGCGUGAUCGCCAUCGCCAAUUUCGCUAUCUACAUGGCCACGAUUGACUACAUGAUUGCCUCGUACGGCCCCUACGCAGCCUCCGCCACCGGAGGCAAUGGGUUUGCCCGAGACUUUCUCGCGGGCAUCGCCGCGAUGUAUUCGAUUCCCAUGUACAAGCACAUGGGAACCGUGCACAAACUGGAAUGGCCCUCGACCUUCUUGGGCUUCAUGGCGAUUGUGUUUACGAUUCCCAUCUACAUCUUUUAUUGGUACGGCCCAAAGAUUCGCGAGAAGUCCCCAUUCGCGCAGGUUCUGGCUUCGGACCGCAAGAAGGCUGGGCGCAAGGUUUCCCAAUGCGGUUCUGGCGAUCCAGAUCCCGUCGAGCGUUACCUGUCGGGAUCAUCGUAA